UGCAAAAACGACACCGUUGUGACGAAAUCAAUUUGUCGGAAAUUUGACAAAAGAUCGAGCGAACUAAUCAUAGUCGUCCAUCAACGGCGACGGAACGGCAACGAUCAACGGCGGCGAUGGCGGAUAGUUGCCUUCGAGCUCUAGUGGAAGCCAUACAUUCCUCUCCUACUCAAGCUGUCAUUUAUCUCUCCGGCGGUGCCUCUCAGGCGUUGGGGUGGUUGAUGUCAGUUCCAGGAGCAUCGAAUACUGUGCUUGAAUCCGUAGUUACUUAUUCCAGAAUGUCUAUGAUUCAAUUACUCGGCAAGGUUCCUGCUCAAGCAGCUAGUUCGCAAACGGCUGAAGAAAUGGCAUUGUUGGCUUAUAAUAGAGCAUUAAAGCUUUCUAAACCAGGUUCACCAGUUUUAGGUGUGGGUUUUACUGGUGCCUUGGCUAGUGCACGCCCAAAACGUGGAGAUCAUAGGUUUCACUUGUCAACCAGAACGUCUAACCGACUUUGGUCCUCAACUGUUACUUUAACUAAGGGGCUGCGGACUCGUGAGCAGGAAGAUGGAGUCUCAAGUCAAUACUUAAUCAAGGCAAUUGCAAAUGCUAGCAAGGUUCCAGGAACUUUUGUUCCAGACUUGACUGAAUCAGAAGUUCCAGAUGAAUAUGAAAGGCAGUUUGAUGAAGAUGAAGAGCUAGAGCAACUUCUCACUGGGACUAUAUGCUUCAAAAUGUAUCCAUUCUCAAGCGACACGUCCGAUGCACAAAGGAAAAUAAUUCUAUCUGGUUCCUUUAAUCCAUUGCAUGAUGGUCACAUUAAGCUCUUGGAAAUUGCAACUAGCAUUUGUGGUGGUGGAUAUCCAUGCUUUGAGUUGUCAGCUGUCAAUGCAGACAAACCUCCAUUGGCAAUAUCUCAGAUCAAAGAUCGUGUUAAGCAAUUUGAAAAAGUUGGAAAGACGGUGAUAGUGUCGAACCAGCCAUAUUUUUACAAGAAAGCAGAACUUUUUCCUGGCAGCGCUUUUGUCAUUGGUGCUGACACAGUUGCAAGACUUGUACAUCCAAAGUAUUAUGGUGAUGACUAUGGAAAGAUGUUGGAGAUACUUCUGGGAUGUAAAAACACAGGAUGUACUUUUCUGGUUGGUGGUCGAAAUGUUAAUGGAACUUUCAAGGUUCUUGAGGAUUUCGACAUUCCAGCAGAGCUGAAAGACAUGUUUGUGCCUAUACCGGUCGACAAAUUCCGCGUGGAUAUAUCCUCCACUGAAAUCCGGAAGAGUAAAGGACUUUUGCUCCACAUCCGGCACCACAGCCUGCACCACAUCCGGCGCCAUAAUUAUCGGUGUUUUGAUAAGAGCAGUUCUACUGACUUCUUAUCACCAAAAAUGAGUUUCUCUUAUCAAGUUAGGAAAGGAGUUGAUGGCUUUUAAGGAUGGUUGAGACUUAAUAAUGAGUGGUCAAAAUAAACUACCUUGUGUUUUGGGUAAAGGGUUCUGACUUUUUGGCAGUGCUUAUCCAAAUAUGGUAGAAUACUUGGGCACAUGGCUAAAUGCAGUGUGAACAGAUUCUUAUUUGUGAUUCACACAAUUGCAAAAGUUGUAGAGCGUAAGUAGUGGGAUAUUUAUU